AUGCUAUCCGAUAUCGAUCAAAAAGAUAAUUUGGCCCGCAUGAAACGGGGUGAUCUGUACUAUGCUUUCUCUCCUGAGCUUAUUGCUGCACGCAAAAGAUGCGGAGCUAUCGUUGGCAAGCUAAAUCGUGCUGGGGAACUAUCCCGGCGAGAACUAGCUCAGUACUGGAAAGAAAUCACCAAUGAUCCACGACCUUUACCGGCUGCAGGCAGCACAGAUGAAGAGGAAGAUGCAAAUCUUCGUGAUUACCCGUGGAUUGAACGACCUAUCAAUAUCGACUACGGGACUAACAUACGUGUUGGAAGCGGCGUAUUUAUCAAUUUCAACUGCACUUUUAUUGAUACAUGCAUUGUGUCUAUUGGAGCUCGCACUCUAGUUGGCCCCAAUGUGUGUUUCUUCAGUGGCACCCAUCCUUUGGACCCAGAUCUUCGCAAUGGAACCAAUGGACCAGAGCUAGGUCGUCCAAUCAACGUGGGUGAGGAUUGCUGGAUUGCUGGAAAUGUCAUCGUCUUGCCCGGAGUAACUAUUGGCGACGGAUGUACUAUCGGCGCUGGAAGCGUGGUCACAAAGGAUGUUCCAGCCUGCCAUGUCGCAGCCGGCAACCCGGCCAGAAUCAUUCGCAAAAUUGAGCGCAGUAGCAGCUCAAAAUCCGUUUCAAGCUAG